GGCCAGAAUGGAAUCAUCUGCCUUCAUGUUAAGUCCAUCCACCUUUGGAUCAUCAACACAGGUUUCCAUUUGAACCAAACCCGUCGUUACAAUGGAUAGAAAUAGCCACUCCAACGGGAGACCCUUCCCCGCUCACCGAGACGACGAAAUCUCGCGUCUUCUGCUCGAUCCCCAGGACGUUGAGGAGCAGCCCUCUUUCAGCCUAACCUUCUCCACCAUCCGGCUCCUCCGCAUCCCCAUUAUUCCCAUCGCCAUCGCCGAUAGCAUCCUUAUGAGCAACGCUCACGACCACAUCGUCUUGGGUGUCCUGUUCGAAGCCCUCCCCGUCGGACUCUGCCUGUGGACCGCCUUCAGCGUUUUCGGCACCCCUGCCACGAGGAGGAACAGUUUUGAGCUCACGGUUGGCGACUAUGUAUUAUUUUGGGGACGGAAGGGCCAGGAUCUCGACACCGUCUCGGAGCGAAAGACGCGUCCGUAUCAGAUCAUUCUGGGCGACUUCUUUGUUUCCCUCCUCCUCAUCCUCCUGACCGUCCUCUCUCUCACGACGCAUAUCUGGCAAUACGACGUGCGCCUCAGGGUCUUUUCCUUGAGUCUUACAUUGUCUAUUCUCCAACUUGCCUUGACCGUUCUCAACUUCUUUACCCUCUUCCGAAAGGCCAAGCUCACUUUGCACAUGGCCGAGAAUGACCAAAACUUCAAAUACGUGAUCCCCGAGGCAUACUCGGAUGAAGAAUCGCAUUCUGCGUCCGUGUCCUCUGGGGCAAGGGGAGAUGAAAACACCAAAACUCUCCCUGGUAUCCGACAUUGAUUUGUUAAAAGUCUUUGGUACUUGAGAUUGGCCGCACCGAGGGAUAUUUAUUUUGUAAACUAUUUUCGAUCGUUGCGAAUCAAGAUGGAUAUAUCGCACCCAUUUGUAACACGAACUGAGGUAUACGGCAGUGAGAUGGUUGUCAAGAAGAUGCAGACCGUGUUAAGUUGGAGCGCCGGUCAUCGCGUUCUCGACGGCGCGACUGUGGUGAGGUGUGCACAGCAGGUUACCCUCUUGCUCGAGAACAUUGACUACAACGAGUCUAAAUCUCAAACACAUUUAAACGAGUUGCACACUAAUCUAAGUUCUGUCUGCUCCCUCAAGGUGAGCAAGUUGCCGGCACAAGGUCAAGAAAAAACAUUUUUAUCCACAAUUCAAGCAUUUGUUACCUAAUGCUACCACAAUGACCAAAUAUCAAG